GUCGGCCAGAGCGAUGCCGCUUCCCGACGCCAUGUUCUGCGCGCAGCAGAUCCCCAUCCCCCCGGAGCUGCCGGACAUCCUGAAGCAGUUCACCAAGGCUGCCAUCCGCACUCAGCCCACCGACGUGCUGCGGUGGUCCGCGGGAUAUUUUUCAGCUUUGUCCAGAGGAGAGCCACUUCCUAUAAAGGACAGACUCGAAUUGCCCGUGGCCACCCAGAAGACAGACACAGGCCUGACUCAAGGGCUCCUUAAAGUUUUGCACAAGCAGUGCAACCACAUGCAAUACGUGGAAUUAGCGGAUCUUAAGCACAAGUGGAAAAAUCUAUGCCUGCCAGUAGAAAAAUUCAAAGCUCUCUUAGAAUUGGAUCCUCAUGAAAACAUAAUUGAGUGGAUAAAAUUUUUAGCGCUUGGCUGCAGCAUGCUCGGUGGGUCUCUAAACACCGCCAUGAAGCACCUGUGUGAGAUCCUCACUGCGGACCCCGAGGGCGGGCCCGCCCGCAUUCCGUUUGAGACGUUCUCCUAUGUCUACCAGUACUUGUCCAGCUUGGACCCGGACCUCCCUGACUCAGAGACAGAGUCCUACCUCGCCAUGCUGAAGGAGAACAUAAAGAAUGGCUUGAUAGGACUGUCAGAUUUCUUCUUUCCAAGGAGACAUAUUUAGAAAAACCCUCAAC